AUGUCGUCCGAGGGCAUUACCGUCUCAGGCGCCGAGGAGUACCCCGUCUUCGAGUCGUUCGACGACUAUGACCUGAAGGAGGGCCUCCUGCGCGGCAUCUACUCCUAUGGCUUCGAGAAGCCGAGCGCCAUCCAGCAGCGUGGCAUCAAGCCGAUCCUGGAUGGGCGCGACACCAUCGGCCAGGCCCAAUCUGGCACUGGCAAGACGGCCACGUUCGUCAUCGGCUGCCUGCAGCGCAUCGACUACGACCUCAAGGCGUGCCAGGCGCUGAUCUUGGCGCCCACGCGCGAGCUGGCCAACCAGAUCCAGAAGGUGGCGCUGGCUCUCGGCGACUACCUUCACAUUCGCUGCCACGCGUGCAUCGGGGGCACGUCGGUGCGCGACGACAUCGACAAGCUGAAGGACGGCCAGCACGUCGUCGUGGGCACUCCCGGGCGCGUGUUCGACAUGAUCGGCAAGCGUCACCUGCGGGUGGAUGACCUCAUCACUUUCGUCCUCGACGAGGCGGACGAGAUGCUCUCGCGUGGGUUCAAGGAUCAGAUCUACGACAUCUUCAAGACCCUGCCUCCCAACGUGCAGGUGUGCCUCUUCUCGGCCACGAUGGCGCCCGAGAUCCUGGACUUGACCUCCAAGUUCAUGCGGGAUGCAGUUCGCAUCCUGGUCAAGAAGGACGAGCUCACGCUGGAGGGUAUCCGGCAGUUCUACGUCGCCAUCGAGAAGGAGGAGUGGAAGCUUGACACCCUCUGUGACUUGUACGAGACUCUCACUAUCACUCAGGCGAUCAUCUACUGCAACACGCGCCGCAAGGUCGAUUUCCUGGCCGACCAGCUCUCCAAGCGUGACUUCACCAUCUCGACCAUGCACGCUGAGCUGGACCAGAAGGAGCGGGACCUGGUGAUGCGCGAGUUCCGCUCUGGCUCCUCCCGCGUGCUCAUCUCCACCGACCUGCUUGCAAGGGGCAUCGACGUGCAGCAGGUGUCGCUGGUGAUCAACUUCGACCUGCCGCAGAACAUGGAGAACUACCUCCACCGCAUUGGCCGCAGCGGCCGCUUUGGCCGGAAGGGGGUGGCCAUCAACUUCGUCACCAACCAGGACGUCCGCACCAUGAAGGACAUCGAGAGGUAUUACCACACGCAGAUCGAGGAGAUGCCCAUGGACAUUGCGGACCUCAUCUGA